AUGUCGGUCGCCUCACAGGUACGCAACGAUGACGAUGGUGAGAACAAGCCCGCCGCUCCCGUGAAGACGGUCGAGAAGACCUCUACCCACACGGUCAAGCGCAACGCUGAGCCUACGGCUCCCGUCAAGGCUGGCGCUCCUACUUCCAGCAACCGCCGUGGUCCUGGAGGCAACGAGGGUGCCUUCCGUGACCGUGGUGCUGGCCACGAGCGCAACCAGGGUCGUUCCACCGAGGAGGUUGGCCGCGGUGGAGGCCGCGGUGGCGCCGGAGCUCGCGCUGCUGCCUCUUGGGGCGCCCAGGAGGGUGAUGCCGAGCUCAAGGACGAGCAGGCCGGCGAGAGCAUCGCCAAGAGCGAGCAGAAGGAGGCCGCUGCCGAGGACGCCACCGCCGAGGAGACCGUCCCCGAGGACAAGUCGGUCUCGUUCGCCGACUACCUCGCCCAGCAGGCUGAGAAGAAGCUCGCCCUCCAGGACAACGACGUCAAGAUCCGCAGCGCCAACGAGGGCAGCAAGCUCGACAAGAAGUGGGCCGAGGCCAAGCCCCUCGAGAAGACGACCGAGGACUACUUCGCCGCCACCGGCGGCAAGAAGCAGCGUGAGCGCGAGCGCAAGGUCAAGCAGACCGUCGACUUCGACCCUCGCAUCGUCGAGCCCGAGCGCCCCGCCCGCGGCGGACCCCGUGGCGGCGACCGCGGCGACCGUCCUAGCCGUGGUGGCCCCCGUGGCGGCGGUCGCGGCGGUGACCGCGGCGGCCGUGGC